AUGUCCAUUUUUUCCCUUUUGCUAAGUUUUGAAGUGGAGGUUUCUGCCAACGCCGAAGGUGAUGCCCUGAAUGCGCUUAAGACAAACUUGGCAGAUCCUAACAACGUUCUUCAGAGUUGGGAUGCUACACUUGUCAAUCCGUGCACUUGGUUCCAUGUUACAUGCAACAGUGACAAUAGCGUUACUAGAGUUGAUCUUGGAAACGCAAAUUUGUCCGGUCAACUAACUCCGCAGCUUGGUCAGCUCCCGAAUUUGCAGUAUUUGGAACUUUACAGUAACAACAUAAGUGGAAGAAUUCCGAAUGAUCUUGGGAACUUAACCAACUUGGUGAGCUUGGAUCUUUACUUGAACAGUUUAAAUGGUCCCAUCCCCUCGACCCUGGGCGAGCUUCAGAGAUUACGUUUCCUGAGGCUCAACAAUAACACUUUGACUGGAACGAUUCCUAUGUCUCUGACCAACGUCACUUCACUUCAAGUCCUUGAUCUGUCAAAUAACAAUUUAUCAGGGACGGUUCCAAUCAAUGGCUCCUUUCAACUUUUCACACCUAUCAGUUUCAACAAUAAUCCUAACCUGAUACCUCCUCCUGUAACUCCACCGCCUCCACUUCAACCGACAAACCCAUCUUCAUCGCGAGUUGGAAACAGUGCAACUGGGGCCAUUGCAGGAGGAGUUGCUGCUGGAGCGGCUCUUCUCUUUGCUGCUCCUGCAAUCGCGCUCGCUUUGUACCGACGAAGGAAGCAACCAGUUCAUUUCUUUGAUGUUCCUGCCGAGGAGGAUCCAGAAGUCCAUCUAGGGCAGCUCAAAAGAUUUUCUUUGCGUGAACUCCAAGUUGCAACGGAUAAUUUUAGCAACAAAAAUGUUCUUGGCAGGGGUGGAUUUGGCAAAGUUUAUAAAGGCCGGUUGGCUGAUGGUUCUCUUGUGGCAGUUAAAAGACUAAAAGAAGAACGUACACAAGGUGGAGAACUGCAGUUUCAAACAGAAGUAGAAAUGAUCAGCAUGGCUGUGCAUCGAAAUCUACUUAGGCUACGUGGCUUUUGCAUGACACCUACAGAACGUUUGCUUGUUUACCCCUACAUGGCUAAUGGAAGUGUAGCAUCAUGCUUAAGAGAGCGAUCCGAAUCACAACCUCCACUUGAUUGGACAAUUAGAAAGCGUAUAGCAUUGGGAGCUGCAAGGGGGCUUGCUUAUUUGCAUGAUCACUGUGAUCCUAAGAUUAUUCACCGUGAUGUCAAAGCUGCAAACAUAUUGUUGGAUGAAGACUUUGAAGCAGUUGUUGGUGACUUUGGGCUGGCCAAACUCAUGGACUACAAGGAUACUCAUGUUACCACGGCUGUACGUGGCACAAUUGGUCAUAUAGCUCCUGAGUACCUCUCCACUGGUAAAUCUUCCGAGAAAACUGAUGUUUUUGGAUAUGGAGUCAUGCUUCUUGAGCUCAUUACUGGGCAGAGAGCUUUCGAUCUGGCUCGUCUUGCUAAUGACGAUGAUGUGAUGUUACUUGAUUGGGUUAAGGAACUUCUAAAGCAGAAAAAGUUGGAAACUUUAGUCGAUGCAGACCUACAGGGCAAUUAUAUUGAUGAAGAGGUGGAGCAGCUAAUUCAAGUGGCUUUGCUUGGCACACAAAGUUCCCCUAUGGAACGUCCCAAGAUGUCGGAUGUUGUCAGGAUGCUUGAAGGCGAUGGCUUGGCCGAGAGGUGGGAGGAGUGGCAAAAGGAAGAAAUGUUCCGUCAAGAGUUCAAUCACACCUACCACCCGAAUACUGACUGGAUAAUUGCCGACUCCACUUCCAAUGUCCGACCGGAUGAAUUAUCCGGGCCAAGAUAA